GAAUCUUCGCCCGCUCCGUUCCGCUGGUAAAAGCUGCCAACUGCCCCCGAGAACCUCUGGGCGCCCUCUCCUCUGACUUUGCUCCACGACCCCAGACUGCCCCUUCCUUACCGCAGCUUAACUUUGCGAUAUCUGUCAUCGCUCUGAGCGGUUUUGACUCUCUCACCCACAUUCCACCCUCACCAUUGUUGGUAUUAACCAGCACCUUCGCCAAGACGAUGAGCGAGGUUCAGAAUACAGUGCCCGCAGCGGCCACGACUCCUCAACAACAGCCCCAGGGCACCCCCAUCCAGCAGAAUGCUCCAACUCCCGCCUCAGUCUCUGCAGGCUCAGGCGAUCAGCUUACCUGCCAGUGGCAGAACUGCGGCGACCGUCUGCCCUCUGCUGAGCAGCUCUAUGACCACGUCUGUGAGCGCCAUGUUGGUCGCAAGAGCACCAACAACCUGAAUUUGACGUGCCAGUGGGGAAACUGCCGCACCACCACGGUCAAGCGCGACCACAUCACUUCUCACAUUCGCGUGCACGUGCCGUUGAAGCCGCAUAAGUGCGAUUUCUGCGGUAAGGCGUUCAAGCGUCCUCAGGAUCUGAAGAAGCACGUAAAGACGCACGCCGACGAUUCCGUGCUACUCCGCUCCCCAGAGCCCAACCGAGGCGGUCCCCACGGCGCCCAAGGCUACCCGGGCCAAAACGGCAAGCUCGUCGCUGACUUGCAGGCGCUUGCCGCUACAGCAAGUGGAUACCAGUAUCCUGAUGGUGCCCUUGGCCCCAACGGAGGUUACGGCCAGCAACACCCAGGUGGUGCACCAGCCGGUUUCUAUGGAGGCCCACCCCAGAACUCCGCCUAUGGUCCUGUCUACUAUGCUGUGAACCAAUCGCAACAGCUCAACAACGACUACGAAAUCAGGAAGCGCGCCGCGUAUGAUGCGCUCAACGAGUUCUUCGGAGAUGCCAAGCGUCGCGCCAUUGACCCAACCACUUACUAUGAUGUCGGCCAACGGCUCAUGGGUCUACAAGGUGUCCAGCUUCCCGUCCUUGGUGGCGGUGGAGGCGGCUACCAGGGCGCUGGCAUGUCUGAGUACGGCCACGGCGGCUCAAUGGUUGCCCAAGCACAGCACCCGCCCAUGCAUCACCCCUACUCUCUGCCGCUUCCCAACCUCAGGACCAAGAGCGAUCUCUUGAACAUUGAUCAGUUCUUGGAGCAACUGCAAAGCACCGUCUAUGAGAACCCCAACCAUGCUGCGGCUGCUGGUGUGGCCCACCCCGGUCACUACGUUCCUACCGGCGUUGGCUACCGCUCUAGCAACUCACCACCUGGCCUUUCGUCUAGCCACUCCCAGUCGUCUCACGCCACUGCUAUCGGAUCCACCAGCGCCGAGACCCCUGCCCUUACACCAGCAUCCAGCGUCCUGUCAUACGGAUCUCAGCACUCUCCUGGUGCGCAGCACUCUAACAACGGUGUUUCUCCCACAUCAAGGAGUUCGAUUGGUAGCAUGUACCCUACGCUACCAUCUGUCAGCGCGAUGUCGGAUAUGUCAGCUGCUGCGCCAUCUUCUGGACUUGCACCAGCGUUUGAUUCCGACGGCCGUCGCCGCUUCUCUGGUAACCUCCUCCAGAAGGCCGCUCCGGACCGAUCAGAGCACGACUCCAUGGAUAUGUCAAGCGACGGUGCCUCGCCCAAGGAUCGCCGGGAUUCUGAGCAAAACAGUCUUCACCAUGACGUUAACCAGUUGGCAAUCCACUCCCCCAAGGUUGACCCUGCCCUUCGCUCACCAAGCGUUGCUUCGUCAAACAACACAGAACAAGGCGACCAGUCUCAGCAAUCGUGGGUUGAGAACAUCCGAGUCAUUGAGAGGCUCAGGGCGUACCUCAAAGACAGACUGGAGUCGCAUGACUUCUCUGACGAUGAGGAAGACGUCAAGCACGAUCUCGAGCGCCGCAUGAGCGAUGACGAUGCACACAACCUCUACCCUGUACUGCGCGCUGUACAAGAGGGUCGAGAGUAGUGUGCUUCUUCUUAGGCGGGUUCAAGAUGCUUUGUGGAGUUCAAAUGGGUAAGAUGGCGUCAAGGAGUUCGCCAGGCUCGGUGGCAUCAUCAGGGACGAUGACCAAUGACUGUUUUUAUCGUUAUAGCGAUGUCUUGUUAUGUUUCUUCCACGGCUGCCAUUAGGGCAUAGGCAUUUGGGCAGCAUGUUCAGCUUUACACUUGUUAGUCACAGUGUGCAAAUAUUACGAUUAUUCAAAGUUUC